CCACCGCUGCAGCGUCUUAAAGGCGGCGCCGGGCGCUGUCUGUGCGCCCUGGUGCUGAAAGCCUCCGCCCGUCGAGGAUGCGCGGGGGGGCGCUGCGCUUGCUAGCGCUGGUGGCGGCCGGGCUGGGGCUGGGGCUGGGGCUGGCCAGGGGCGGGCCGGCCCUCUGCACCCUCCGCAGCCCGCUGGACGGCGACGGGCGGCUCCUCUUCCAGGCAUCCGACGGGCGGGAGCUCCUCAGCGCCACUUGGGAGCCCGGAGAGGGCGGCCUGAGCGCCUGCAGCCUUGCCCUCGAGCCGCCGGGCUUGGGCGCCUUUCUGAGUCGCUGCAGGGGACUGGAGCGGCGGCGGCAAGAGGCGGCUUUCCCCGACUUGGAGGCGGUCAAAGCGGCCUGCCGGCCGCCGGAGCCUCGCGGCGGCUCCCCUCGACGGCGGACGAAGCGAGGCUUCACCUACCCGGGCACGCUGUGGUGCGGCGCCGGCAACAUCGCCGAGAGCUACGAGCAGCUGGGGGAGCACCGGGAGACAGACAGGUGUUGCCGGGAGCACGACCACUGCCAAGAUGUCAUCCACCCCUUCACCUUGAAGUUUGGGUACCGCAACUUCCGCUGGCACACCAUCAGCCACUGCGACUGCGACAAGAGGUUAAAGGCCUGCCUGCGGAAGGUGAACGACACAGCCUCCCGAGUGGUGGGCCAGGCCUUCUUCAACGUCAUCCAGGUGCCCUGCUUUGAGUUCGUCCACAAGAAGCAAUGCGUGGAACCUUACCUCUACGUGUGGUGCAAGAAUUACAGCACUGUGGUUGUGGCUGUGGCCCAAGAGCCGGUGCUGUACGACUACGGCGGGCAGGUAAUCGACGGCCCAGCCACGCAGCGGCCAUCAACCACAUCUACAUCAGCAGCUCCCAGACGAGAGUCCACCACCGCUGCCAGUACCCAAGCCAGGCCGAGUGGCUCCGCUCCAAAGCGGCGUAAAGGAAAGGGCAAAGGCCGGAAGGGGAAGAAGAAGGGCAUGAAGGUGUCCAAGGGAGCUGGCUCUGUCAAGCCAUUAGACGUGCAAGGGCUGGGGAAGGGGGCUUUCCGAGGGCAGAAGCUCUCCGUGGCCAAGGAGGAGACCUUCAACGCCAUCCUCAGCGGCGAGCCAGCUGGCGCGUGGACCAAGAAAACGGGCACCGCGCAGCCCUCCUCGUUGCACCCUUUGCCAACCCCUUCCCAGAAAAAGAGGAAAGGCAGGAGGAAGAGUCUUCGGCUGCAACAGCCCAGCUGAGAUAAAGGUGUCUGCCGAGCCUCUAAAGGGGCCAAAUCCAUACACAAGUCAGUUCCAUUAUGGUCAGUCUUCCUUUACUA